CCGAAGCUGCCAUGUUUUUUCUUUGUCUCCGGGAUCGUUAGGCUGUUCGACAGCUGCGAUGCUGACUAGUUAAAACAUUUGGUUUCGGCGAGAUUCCGAACCUCUCCACUGGCCCAGAAUACAGCAACAGACACGGCCAACAGUCUUCUGCAGCUAUUGCUGCUGCUGCUGCUGGCCUGGUGUAAAUAAUCCCACGCUCCAAUACAGAGCACAUCAGUAACUGGCUCCCAAAUGGGUGUACUCCGCGUCAGAGCCCUUCCCUCCCUCCAGCCCAUACCGCGGGCAAAGAGGCUAUGGCUAUCGCCCAGGGGAACCCCGAGACCCCUAUCCUCGUCCUCCUCUACACAUACGCCGAACUCCAUGCCCCGGUGUCUCCCAGCAAACUCUUGGGAUAGCCACAUGCAUAUCGUAGAGCCCUCUCGCUACCCUCUCUCCGCAGCCGCCGCCUACACCCCUUGCAAACCCCACAACCUCUCUGACGCCCUCGCCUUCGAAUCAACCCUGGGCAUCCGCAACUUAGUCCUCGUCCAGCCUUCCAUAUAUGGUUAUGAUAAUUCCUGUCUGCUCGACGGCCUCAAACAGCUAGGGCCUAAACAUGGUAGGGGUGUAGUUUGUUUCAACGCGGCCGCCAUCAUCGAUGAAGAACGGCGCCGUCGCGAUCACGACGACGAAGGCACUUUGGCAACCUGGCACCGGCUUGGGGUGAGAGGGGUAAGGUUGAAUUUUGUCUCCGUACCUCAGCAGCUGAGUGCGGGAGAGCUACAGAACAUGCUACGCCGGUAUGCAGAUGUCAUCCGUGACUUGGGCUGGGUGCUACAGCUCUACGCGCCCAUGGAGACCCUGCCACAUCUCGUACCCAUCAUACCCCAGCUGGGCGUGAAGGUAUGUCUGGAUCAUUUUGCGAAACCGACACUACCGUUGUCGUCAUCUUCCUCGCCAUUUAACCCCUACGCCUUGCCUGGGUUUACCGCACUCAUUUCCCUGCUGGAGCAGGGCAGUACAUACGUCAAGAUAUCCGCACCCUACCGGCUCAGCGAUGACCCGCAGUUCCAGCACCUAGGUGUACUGGCGCGCAAGCUGAUGCGUGCGGGUAGGGAGAGGUUAGUCUUUGCGACGGAUUGGCCACAUACGCGCUUUAAGGGUAUCGAUAUUGCGCCGUUUGCUGAGACUUGCCUGAGAUGGUGUGCGGAGGAGGACGCCGGUAUGGCGGAGAGGCUCUUCCGGCGUAAUGCGGAGGCGCUGUGGGAUGUUAAGCCAGAGUGAAAUAGGCUCCUCAUGUGGGAAUCGACAUGGCCGCGCACGAAAGCAACUUUCGCGCAUUCAAUCAGCGAGGGCGAUUGGUUUUACUUGUUCAGCAGAUAUUUAACCACCCGCGCUAUGGGGAUUUACCCCUCCAUUCCUGAGAACAUACCCCCCGUCCCAGUGCCCGCCCCGCCUCCCUCUUCGAAGGCCAUCCAGCACGUUAAACGAGACUUAUUAAGGGGGGAAACUUUCUGAAUCCCUAGAGCAUGGAAAAACAACAACGAAAAUGCACCAACCCACCUAGGCUCAGCUUCUACUCAUCCCUUCACUUCCCUCGCCACAAUGUAAUUAUCAUAACACAACUUGUACAUGUACAUGUAUCUUUUGUAUGCGCUCACCAUGUAAAAGAGGAACUAUUUAAAGGGGGAAAAAAUAAUAUCUUCAACACAACAUCAGAUAUAAGUAGAAUAUCAGUAAAAUACGCCUAUUUUUGAAUGGAGAAUAUUGUACGCAGGAUUCUUUCAAAAGUUUGAAUUGGCAUCAAAAAUUUAAGCUGUAACUAUCUCUGUUACCAGCAUAAAGUAUUUCCGUUCUCUUAUCCAGAGUCGGGAGGUUAAUGCCUGUUGCGUCUGAAUAUUUAAACAUCUAACAUGAUCAACCUUCGAACUCCCGCG